AUGUUGAAGCAAUCACCCAGUAGGAACCAGAGGUCAAAAGGCUUCAAGGUGAAGCAUGCUCUUCAGAUAUUUCUGCUGCUUGCUAUUUGCAUCUGGUUGCUUUACCAGCUCAAGCACUCCCAUGAUAAGAAAGCAUAUGAAGAGAUCUCUGCAAAGAUUUCGGGAAAGAUGCAGAAUGGGCAAGAAACAAUAAAACUUGGGAGGCGUAGCCUCCAUCCUCGGGUGGAGGAAACUUCCUUGGAUAUUGGAAGGCAUAGGGAAAAAGAACAAGAAUCUGAAGAAGAGGUAGAUGAGAGUAAAGAUGAAGAAAGUGAGGAGGAAGGAAGAGGUGCUGAAGAUGAUGAAAUAGACGGGCAUGAUCAAGAGAGAGCUGAGGACGAGUCAGAAGGGGUAGAGGAUUUGAUUGAUGAAGAAGAUACGGAGAGGGAAGAGGAAAGUGAAGAGAAGGGAAAUGAUUUGGAGAUUCCCAGAUUGCUAGAGGAUCAAGCCCAAAGUGAAGAUACAAGGAACACCCAGGAGGCCAGAGAGGAACGGUACAAGGGUGAUGAUGCAUCCAGUGCUGUGAAACAGAACACCCAAAAACUAAGCAGUGAAAUUGAAGUCGGAAGCUUGAGAAAAGUGAAGGAAGAAGAGGUAGAUAAAGAGAAUAAAACCAAUGGUAUCCUAGAUUUUAGAGUUGAUACAAAUGAUUCAGGCCCUAAAUUUGGUAAUGUUGGCACAGCUAAAAAUGCUGCUGUUGACAAUGCUGUGUAUGGUGAAGAAAGAGGUAAUCAUUUUGGUUCGUCCAACUUAGAUGUUCAGGCAUAUACUAAUACAUCAAUCAACACGAUUGAAGAAGCAAAAAUGAGCAAUGAUUCGACAGUGGUGCUGGUUGAAUUCGCUGAUUCUCUUGAUGGAACGGAGAUGUUACCAAAGUUAUACAAGGAUGCAAGUCUAACUUCUAGCCAAAGGCACUCAUACUUGGAAGCUGUUUCGGGGAAGGAGAACGAAAACCCCAAAUCCAAGGAUAUGCAGUCAGGUUCCAGUAUGACAUUAUCUGCAACUGAGAAUUUAGAUGCACCCAACCAAGAAAUGAAAGUUUCUAUUGGUUCUGAAACAGAAAGUGUUGUUGUAUCAGAAGCAAUUGCAGAUCUUGAGAAAAGCUCUGCUCCUAAAACCACCAAUGAGAAUGACCAGGAAGUUGCUAAUGUGGAGUCUCAUGCAUAUGGUAGGGUGAACAGAGCAGUGGAAAGUUCAAUGCUAUUGACAACCAACGAAAAUGGAGAUGCUGUACAAAAUGAAUCACGUUCUUUGGGUUCUUCAUAG